AUGAGUGAGCAAAAGGUUGGACGAAGGAGGCGGUCGAGCAGUUUGCUAUAUCAGGAGCCACCGGAGACAAUUGAGCACAUGAGUGAUCAAGCGGCAUUGCCCAAUCUUAAUGCCAACUGGGUGAACGCAAAAGGUGCCUGGACCAUACAUCUGGUUUUAAUCGCAUGCCUCAAGGUUCUUUUUGAUAUAAUUCCUGGUGUUUCCCAAGAGACAUCUUGGACAUUAACAAAUAUAUCAUACAUGUUUGGUUCUUUUCUCAUGUUUCAUUGGGUCCGUGGUGUACCAUUUGAGUUCAACGCUGGAGCCUACGACAAUUUGAACAUGUGGGAACAAAUUGAUAAUGGAGCUCAGUACACGCCUGCAAAGAAGUUUCUCAUGAGUGUACCAAUCGUUUUGUUCCUAAUUAGUACUCAUUAUACCCAUUACGACCUCACUUACUUUAUCAUCAACUUUCUCGCCGUUCUCGGAGUUGUGAUACCAAAAUUGCCUUACAGCCACCGAACUAGAGUUGGUCUAUUCUCAGCGCCAGAGGACAGUUACAGAUGA